AUGUCCUACCCAACCACCUACCCCCCUCCCCUCGGCCACCUCCCCCCAUUCUACAUCCCCUUCCCCAUCCGUCCCCUCCCCCCUCCCACACUCCAUCCCCCUCCCUCUCUCCCCUCCCUGCCCUCUCCCCCCCGCCCCUCCCCCUUCCCAGGCUGGGAACUAACGACCCACCUCAUCCCCUCUGCCUCCCCCCGCGCUUCCCCAACCGCUACGACACGCAACAUCCGCCCGCAGUACCCUCCUACCCUCGAGAGGGAAAAAGAGGAUCGAGCAAGAGAAGUGGAAAGGUUGAGAGUCGCCAUGCGCGCCCAGAGAGCGAGGGACUGUGAGAGAAAGUCUUGGGUUAGUUAUGAGGGAGAACCGAGGUUGUGGAACGUCCUUAACCGGUUUAUGCGCUCCCCUGCACGCCUAUCGGGAGGCGCAGGCGCAGACGCAGAGGACGGCUUAACAAUCCUCCUAACCCACGCAAACGGUUUCCCAAAAGAAGUCUACGAGCCCUUCCUCUCCUUCCUCCUUUCCUCCUACACCGGCAUACGGGAAAUCUGGGUCUGGGAAGCAGUGAAUCAUGGGGAUGCCGCACUUGUUAAUGCUGCUAAACUUGGGGAUACGUGUGAGUCCGUCUGGCUUUGGCUCUGUGGAGUGUAA